AUGGACACUGUGUCGUGGUUUAGAACUGCCCUGGUGGGAAAUGUCACCAGCCAGCCAGUCAAAGAACUGAUGUUGGAUCCGCAGUUGAAGUACUGGGUUCUGCUCCCCAUAUCAAUUGUGAUGAUAUUGACAGGUAUCUUGAGGCAGUAUGUCACAACGUUGAUUAGUCCCGGGGUGAAGGGGUACCCUGUAGUUAAGAUUACUGAGAGUCAAUAUGUCUCGUUGGGAAGUGUCCUGAUAGGUAACGGAUCAAAUUUGACGAAGGAAUCGUUCGACGCGCGCAGGGACCAAUUGUCCAAGGUUCUCUUGGAGGGCAAGUACGUUGCUCAGACAAACACAAAAGAGGGGGAAAUAGUUAAUCCUUUCAGUGACCCAAACAUCUCGGAUGCCAUCUCAAACAUGGCAAAGGGCAACAUGGCCAAUUUCAUCCCACAAACAAUCAUCAUGUGGUGGGUCAACCAUUUUUUCUCUGGAUUUGUGCUGAUGAAAUUGCCAUUCCCUCUGACUGUGCGUUUCAAGGAGAUGCUGCAGAACGGUAUAAGCACUUCCGACUUGGAUGUAAGAUGGGUCAGCUCCAUAUCGUGGUAUUUUAUCUCCGUCCUUGGGCUGAACCCUGUUUACAACUUACUGUUGAAAAACCAAAGCUCGGUAGACCUCGUACAACAGCAGCAGAGUGCAUCCAUGCCGCAAUCACAGCCAGUCAUUCUUGGUGGAGCAGGUCAACCCAAACCUGAAGAUGUUAUGAAAUCCGUCGCGAAUGAUUUGAUCAUCGCGCAACAUGAGUCCUGUUUCGAUGGUAUUGAAGCAAGGGUUUUAAAACUGUAUUCUUAG